AUCAACUGGAGCAAACUUUUGUUCUUCACGUUCCAACUUUGCCCAGUCGGGUGGGGUCUUCCGCUUCGGAAGGCUUUCCCCGGGACUCAUACUACCGAAAAUAUUACCGCGUCAAAGUCUCACUCGAGGGCAUCCGGUCGGAGCACCAUCGCCCCUCGGCGAACACUCCGUCUCGCCGAAGACUCCUAACACUCCGUGGUAGUACCUAGGCCGUAGGAUAAGAUAGGGCGUGAAAGGCGUACGCCCAAGCCGACAUGUUGGGCGCCGAGUCCCGCUGCUACGCAGAGGAGGGAAGGGACGCUCUCCCGCUCCCGGCGGUCACACCGCAGGCCCGGAAAUAAGAUCCCGGCCGUGUUUGCUACCAUUGUUUGCUAACGAUUUCCCGUUGGUUGCAUUGUGACACUGCUUCCGUAGACGGGAGGUUCUUCAAUCUCGGCAGUCGGGGUGAAAGAUAGGGCGAUUUCGGCGCGAUGGUUGGGUUGCAAUUUUUUCUCGAUUUCUUUUCUAUUUUUCUAUCACUUUUCUUUACUUAUUGCUAGUAGCGUCCACUUGGGCUAUGACUCUUGGACAAACGAAACGACUUUUCUUUUUUGGACCUCCUCGCUUUACAUCCCUAAUAUCUAAUAGUUUCAGCUGAGAAAAAGGACAAAACGAAAAAAGACUUUUCGGGCCCCCUUGGAUCGAUGGAGGACCUGACUCAACAUAUUUAACCACAUAGUUGUCUCGUCUUGUCAACCGUCUAUUUCCCGGGAUGGAUAUGCCAUCAUCACAACAUUCGUUUAAUCAAAAUAAGGGCGUCAUCACCAUGUCCGAUACAUCAGACUCAUCGAGGAGCCGCGGCCCCAGCGCCGAACUCCCUACCACCACGGAGAAGGAGAAGGAGAUCCAAACAACCACCGGCACGGCCGCCGCAACCGACGAAGAGGAGACCUCGGAGGCAGACGAGCACCAGGUCCGCGAAUGGUCCGCCGAGCACGACCUCGUCUACCCGGAAGGCGGCUGGACGGCCUGGUCCCAGGUACUGGCCGGCAACAUGCUCAACGCCCUCGCCUGGGGCUACCCGGCCACUUUCGGCGUCUACCAGCUCCACUACACCGAGACCUUGCGCCUGCCCGCCUCACAGGUCUCGUGGAUCGGCUCCGUGCAAAUCUUUUUGACGUUCGCCGUCUGUACCGUCUCGGGCCGGCUCACGGACGCCGGGUACGCCCGGCACGCCGUCUCCGUGGGUUGUGCCUUUGUGGUGUUUGGGUCCUUUAUGACGAGCCUGUGUACGAGGUAUUGGCAGAUUAUGCUAGCGCAGGGGAUCUGUACCGGCCUGGGGCUGGGCGUGCUGUUCAUGCCGGGCGUGGCUAUCAUCGGGUCGUAUUUUAAAAAGAGGCGGUCUCUGGCGCUCGCUGUCUCGGCGACGGGGACGGGAGUGGGGAGUUUGAUCUUCCCGUCGACGCUUCAGUAUCUCAUCCCGCAGGUCGGGUUCCCCUGGGCUGUGCGGUGCUCGGCGUUCGUCGCGCUCGGCGUGGCGACGAUUGCUAUUGCUCUGCUGAGGCCUAGACUCCCUCCGAGAAAGGCUGGGCCGUUGUUGGAGUGGUCGGCCUUCCGGGAGCUUCCGUACAUCUUGUACACCCUGGGAGUAUUCUUCUACUUCAUGGCACUGUACUUUGGCUUCUUUUAUAUCAACACCUACGCCCGCAAGGUCAUAGGAUUCUCCACAACAGAGUCGGUGACGCUUCUUCUCAUCACGAACGGAAUGGGCAUCCCGAUCCGGCCCAUCGUCGGCUGGCUAGCUGACCGCCACGUCGGCCCGAUCAACAUGUUCGUCAUGACCAUGUUCCUCCUGGGCUGCAUGGAAUUCGCCUGGAUCGGCGUGGAGACGAGGGCGGGCAUGUACGCCUUUAGCGUCUUCUACGGUCUGUCCAACGGCGCGACGCAGGGCGUUUUCGUCGGCUCGACCGCCAGCCUGACGACCGAUCCGCAGAAGAUGGGCACACGGUUCGGUAUGGUCGCUACCAUCUCGGGUUUCGCGACGCUGGCUGGUCCGCCGAUCGCGGGCGCCAUCAUCGACAGGUCAGGGGGCUCGUAUCUCGGGGCUCAGGUUUGGGGCGGCGUAAUGAUGAUUGCCGGUGCGCUGACGGUAGGAGCGGCGAGAACGGCCAAGGCUGGCAAGGCUUGGGGAGCCAAGUUGUAGAGAGAGGCACGAAUGACCAUGUGUCACACUUCAAAACAGAUAGAAUAGAAUAUGAAGUGGAUGUUAAUGAAGAAAUGGUAUAUUUUGAGAACUUCAGACCAAUACAAUGAUCCAUCAUAAAUCUGCAAUGCCAGGCGUUGUCGUAAGAAGUGCGAAUCUCAUCCGCUCGUCGUCGAAUUCACUUCUUCCUCAACAGGGUGAGAGCUUCCGACAGCAGGCGUGCAAUUUGCUUGCCAUCUUCCCAGACAAAGUCAUGAUCGUGAGUCAGGUCCUUGACAAUCGUGAAGUCCACUCCAUCCUUCUUCAGCUUCGCCGCCAUGGUAUCGAUCUCGGGCUCAUCAACCAGCGAAUCUUCCGGCGACCAGGCCAGUAAGAUAAGCGGCUUGGUAGGCAGCGCGUCCUUGAAGCUCCCUGAAAAGGUGGCCGGAACGACCUUGUUCCAAUAAUUCUGGUCGUCUCCAAAGGCACCGGCAAUGAAUUGCGUGUAAGUCUGUUCGUGGCGGGCAUUGAGGUUGUAAAGUUCGUAUAUUCCGGAAAUGCCAAUGAACGCAGUUGGCAUCUUGACCUCCGGCGGCGGGGCCGCGCCCAGCGCAACGGAUCCCAUGGGCAGUUGAAGGGCCAAGGUAGCGCCGGCCGAGUGCCCGAUGAGGAUAUAACGGUCCCCGACUUGAUAUUCACGCUGUAAGAAUGCAAGGGCUGACCAGGUGUCGCGAAGGUGAUCCGGAUGUUGAGCACAACGAAGUUCUGCGGGAGAAGUGACGUCGGGGUCUUGCGGGUAGAGGGGGUGUGGAGAGAGACGGUAGUCAAUGCUGAUGAAGCCACGAAUCUCAGACCUGGGGAUGGACCUGGACUUCAAGAUUUCCUGGAUAGAAGCGCCAAAGUCUUGAAGAGUCUUUCGGGGAUCACGCCAGGCACCACCGUGGACGUAGCUAGUGUGAAGUGAGUUAAUGAUUUACUGAAGCUGACAAGGGGAUGACGGUAUCUCAAGAGGGGUUAGAUAACCCACAUUACCCAGUAUCCAGAGGCAUUAUCCGUAUUUGAGGGAAAUUCCCACACUCCUAGCUUCUGAAGCUCGUUAUCAGCAGCAUAACGAUGCUCAGUGAACUUGAGAGUGGUUGGCAUGACGGCGGGUGUCUGGCCUGGGUUAGACGUUAGCAGAAUGCUGCAAUGCCUUCAGUUCCAGACCCUAGCUCGACGAGCGGCGGGUUGAAGCCAGACAAAGCAAAGCAAAGCAGGCCGAGGCUGGAAGUGAAAAGGGCGAGCAGUAGCAAUAGUACCUGGUCGAGACGGGGUAAUUCGCAGAAUGAGGGAGGGGUAUUCAGGGUGAUGAGACGCGAGUGUCUGGUCCGGCGGGGGGACGACUGAGGAAGUUUGUGUGUAAGGAAGUGUUUGUGUCAGUGCGAGGCUUUCGUGGAUAACAAGAUGUGUUUGUCACUCCGACGGCCCAGGGUUCGGAGCUGCUGACACCCGUUGGGUGGAGAGGGGUGAGUGGGGCCUUCCGUCUUCCGGGCUCCCGUCCUUACAUCCGCGUCCGAGAGCGGCCGAAUUUUGUGGCUUCCUUUCUCUGCUGCUUGGCCCGGCUCCGAGCGUCUGAGGCCGUGUCAAUGCAACUGUACGAUUCUCGCUAUUCUCCUCGUCUGACUGAUAUUUCGUUGAAAACAUUUUAAACUGCGACAUGACUUGGCCUUCAGAGCUUUUGCCUUUGCCUCGAUUGCGAGUCCCGCCAAUUCAUCGUCGCGCAGCUUUUCUCAUCCCUUUGUCACUCAAGGAACACCAGUGCUUCAUGAAAAGCUUUUUAUUGUAGUUUUACGCAUCGCAGUCUCUAUAAAGGCACCAGAGAAGCUUUCCAGUUGACUGCUGACGUUCAUGAUGAAC